UUCAGCUGCAAACAAAUAUUACUUCGAAAUGUUUAUUGAUUUUAAUAAAACUCAUAUAUGUACAUUUUUGUAUAGACAAUAUAUUAUACUUGUUUGUUUCUGUUUCGCUUCUUCUAUUAAAACGGUAUAAAACUUCAAGCAAAAAAAGAAAUCAAAUUACUCCUCUACUCUUUUCUGUGAGGAAUCUAGGAAUUGUUCAAUUUUAGCUUGUUGAUCCAAUUUAAUUAAAAAAAUAUUAAAAUGUCUUUGAAAAAUCAUCGUUUUUGCUAUGAUUGCUCUUCUACAUAUUGCCCCGUGAAAUCAAGGCAAAAAUGUUCUUACUACAACUGUAAAUACAAUAGUACUGAUUCAAUGUUUAGGUUUCCAAUAUAUGAUGAAGAACGGCUUCAAACUUGGAUAAAGAAUUCAGGAAACAAAAAACUGUUGUCCUGUACAAUUUCUCAAUUGAAAACAAGAUAUAUUUGCAGUCGACAUUUCACAGAGGAUAGUAUACAUAAGGGAGCUGAACGGAAUAGACUUAUUGGACGAGCAGUGCCCAUUGAAUGUCAGGACGUACAACCUGAUGAACCUAAUGUAGAAUCUUCGCAAUCUACGAUGGCUGCCGAACAGAAAGUUUGUGGUGCUGUUAUAGAAUCUCCGACGGAUAUGCCGACAGCUACAACGGCUCCGCCGAAAGUGUAUUAUACAAAAUGUUCAUACCAAAAAUGUAAGAACACAACGGAAACACAUUCCAUGUUCAGAUUCCCCGUGAAGGAUCCAGAUAGAGCAGACGCGUGGAUUUUAAACUCUGGAAAUUGUGAAUUCGCAGCUUUGCCAAAAGAGAUUCUGUACAAACGUUUCCUAUGUACUGACCACUUCGAUUCAGAGUUGAUACAUUUUGCGGGCAGCCGCCCCCGUCUAUUGGGGGUAGCGAUACCUCAUCCCUGCUCUGAACUAGCCGGGGAAGAAGUAUCGGAAAUGCGAGAAACAUUGAAAGUGAAACCGCCCGUCAAGUGUUACGUGCCAAAGAAGAUUGUUCCGAAAUUACAGGAACAGAAUUCGACGCCUGUCUCGCACUUUAAAUUCGAAGGCUACAUGUCAACCUCGGAGCCCGAUUCUGACACUGAAGGAGGCGGAGAAUCUAGUGAAGGGAUCUCCCAUCGCGCCAUAGGAAAGAAAUCUCAGCUUGCGCAGCCGGGAUCGAGUAACCCACGCGCAACCACUGAUGUUAUGUCGACCAUGGUGGAAGACAACAUUACUGAUCCAACUCGACCGGUGAUGAGGAGGCUGGACCAGUUGCUGAUGAUGUGCAAUGGCAUGAUGAGAGACAAAAACCGCGAAAUAAUUACAUUAAGGGAACAAGUUUGUAUCUUGGAGAAAAGGAACGCAAGAUUGAAACAGUCAGUCGCUCAAUUGAAACUGCGAAUAAAGAGUCGUAAGAAUACCCCAGAACAAGAUCAAGACACUUCGACGGACAACAUAGAACAGCAGAGUAAUAGUGAGACAGAGACAAAUGUAAGAAAAAGGCAAAAAAGUAAAAUUAGUGAAGAUGAUAACUCAGAAGGUGCAAGUACUAAUCAACGAAGCACAAGACCAAGAAGAUUAGCUAAUACGAUCAAAUAUGCAGAAGAUGUAUCAGAUUCGAAUGAUGAAACCGUACCUCGUAAAAAGACAAAACGGCAACAAAAAGUUCAUAAAAAGGGAUCGAAAACCCCAGAAAAAACCACAAAGGAUCUCAAUAUAAGAAUAAAAACAGAAGUAGAUGCAGGAGAUUCAACUUCUACAAAUGCUGAAGAAUUGACAAGUAAAAAUAUUAAAGAGAAAAGACAAGUUGUUAAUGAGAGUAUUCAAAUAAAAACAGAAAUACAAGAUCCUGAAGAUUCUGAAACAAAUGUAGAAAUUUCUAGAACUGCUACUCAAGUAUUGCCAAUUAAUAAUAUGGAUGUCGAACAUAACGAAGGCUUUGCAAGCAAGAAUAUAAGCACUAUAGUUGUACCUGUAACAUUUGAUGAGAAUAUACGAAUUAAAACCGAAGUUAUAGAAGAAGAUGAUAAUCCUGAGUCACAUGCUGCACCUACUACUAAAGAUACACCAAUAUUUAUUAAUUCAUCACAGAUAAAAACAGAAGUUGAGGAGAAUGAAGCAGAAGAAGAAGAAGAAGAUGACAUAAGGUACGCAGUAGGAAUGAGAUAAUGGGUAAGAUAAUGCAAACAAGAAUAUAAAUGCGUUAAAUGUACCAGCAUGAUUUGAAGAAGAUUAAGAAUUAAAACACCAGCGUAAUGUACCAACGAAAAAAUGAAGAAGUUGAGGAAAGAGGAGAAACAAGAAGUGGUAUAGAAAGGAAGGAAUAAGUUGGAGAAUGCAAGGUUAAUGUAUCAGUGACAUUAGAAGAAAAUAUACAUAUUAAAACAGAAUUUGUGGAAGGAGAUAGUUCUGAGAUAUUUACCGUAACUAAUGCAAAAGAUGCAACCAUAUUUAAUUUGUCACGGACAAGAAAAGAAGUUGGACUAAACGAGAAAGACAAUGAAUCAAGAAAUGCGGUUUAAAUAAUACAUAGAAAUAGCAAUGCUAAUAACAAUCAAAAUAUUUUUAUUCAUGUAGAUCUAUUACAGAUUCUUAUGAUAUGUCAAAUCUACCGUCAGUUCGUAAUGAUUUCGAGAUGAGAACAACUGACAAGAAACUCAGCUCGUAAUCUUGUCAAAUAAAUGUUGUAUAUGAUUACAAUAAUAAAGAUUCAUUUUUAAAUUCAAAUUUGGGAGAAUAGAGUGGCCAUCAGUAUAUGUUACAGCAAUUUUGUAAAAAUCAAAUAGUUUAAUGUGUUCGUAACCCGAACAGACCAGUCCCCACAAACAGCACCCGUUCUCGAGUAUGACGAAUGAACUGACACACACGACAGAGAACACUUUCAACAAGUAUAAACUUUAUAGCGAACAUGACUACCUCAAGUAUAUAGAUUCAAUAUAUAUAGUAUACCAGUAGUAUUUGAUCAAGACUAUAUCUACAUACUUUCCUUAGAAACCAUCGUAGUCAAUUCCUGGGGAAUUCAUCAUGAUGAGCUAUCCGAUCAGUUCAUGUUCAUCUUAUCAUCCUCCGGCCUCUGACGGCCUUGGUGAUCAAUCACGUCACUUCGUGAUCGCGAGUUCGAUUCCUCGCACAGUACAAAGGUUUGUAUCAGUCUGGGUGUUAUCGAUAUAUGUAUAUCGGUGUAUAGCUUUUAUAUCAGUAGUCUAGUACCUAUAAUACAAGCUCUGGACUAGAUGGCGCUGUGUGAAUAGUCCUAGUUUAUUAUAAUCCUCCACUGGUGGCCAGUCAGUCUGUAUAGUUAGCGCAGGCAGUUGCAACAUUCCCGUAUACAUACAAAAAAUUAUAGAGGGAAGGAUAUUGUUAUAUAUAAGUAUUAGUGGCUUCAAUACUAAUAUCAAUUUACAGUUUCUGAAAAUCAUUAAUAAAUCGUAGCGAUCUGUUUAAAUCUUUACUAGCUGUUACUCGCGACUUUGUCUGCGUUUUUACUCUAUUCAAAUAAAUAAGGUUACUAAAACAAAGUAGCCUAAAUUACUCCUUAUAACAUUAGCCAUCUGCGAGUGAAAGACCCGUCGAAAUCGGCCAAGCCAUUUCACUGAUUCGCAAGGACAAACAUAGGCAAUUUUUUUUUAAUUAAUUUUUCUAUGUAAGUACUGUAUAUACUUUUAUAUAUAUUUAGUGAAUAGUAGUUAAUUUGAAAUUACAAAUGGACACUUCAAUGUUAUUUAUUUGUUUAUAUUGGUGUCGGCGAUUGCUAUUAGCGUGGAAGUGAUCAUCCAUCAUAAUGAUCAUUAUCAUCCACAUGCGUAAUAUAUCCAACAAAAUAUUAUUCUAAUUAUAGGAUAUAU